AUGUUGGUGUCUAAUGCAGGACUGGAAAAGUACCGGUUGACUGUGUGGCUUCUUUCCAUAUUUGCUGAUAUCGCCUUAAUAAUUGCAACUGUCACACCGGCUUGGCAGGUAGCCGAAGACACUGAUGUCGGCCGCUACGUUCAAUCAGGUUUAUGGUUAUAUUGUCCUGGAGCUGCUCAAUGUUGGUACAUAUUCAGUGACAACCUCAUAAACUACUACGAAAGGGUCGAUGGUGUUCCAAAUCCACCUCCUCCCUCACCUUUGAAAUUGAAACUACUUUUUCGUUCCUUUCCGUCAAGUGGCACGUUCGAGGCAUGA